ACCACUGUGGUUACAACAGAAGAAUGCCCAUCCUCCAUGGCCACUGAUCCAACUUACAGUGCAUGCAUUUUAGAUAUAAACAUUUCUUCUGGACUAGUUUUGAUGAGCAAGUUUGAGACUGCCACAGAUCUAAAAGACUUAAAUGAAAUCAGUGUUGUGAAGAUAUCAAGUCAUUCUGAAAGAGAACAGUCCAUGGCAAUGGAGAUAUGGUCUUUGAAAAGAACUAGGGGUCCAUUCAUAAGAAUAAGUUCCUUUAAGUGCACCAUAACACUGAUUGGAACCAAGAAUCCAAUUCCAUCCAAAGUGCUUGGAGAAAAGGACGCAAACGAAAACCCUGGGACUGAUGUAGGACCAAUAGAAGGAAAGGAUGCGAACAAAAACCCUGGGACAGAUGUAGGACCAAUAGAAGGAAAGGACGCGAACAAAACCCCUGGGACUGAUGUAGGACCAAUAGAAGAAAAGGACGUGAACAAAAACCCUGGGACUGAUGUAGGACCAAUAGAAGGAAAGGAUGCGAACAAAAACCCUGGGACUGAUGUAGGACCAAUAGAAGGAAAGGAUGCGAACAAAAACCCUGGGACUGAUGUAGGACCAAUAGAAGGAAAGGAUGCGAACAAAAACCCUGGGACAGAUGUAGGACCAAUAGAAGGAAAGGACGCGAACAAAAACCCUGGGACUGAUGUAGGACCAAUAGAAGAAAAGGACGCGAACAAAAACCCUGGGACUGAUGUAGGACCAAUAGAAGGAAAGGAUGCGAACAAAAACCCUGGGACUGAUGUAGGACCAAUAGAAGGAAAGGAUGCGAACAAAAACCCUGGGACUGAUGUAGAACCAAUAGAAGGAAAGGAUGCGAACAAAAACCCUGGGACUGAUGUAGGACCAAUAGAAGAAAAGGACGCGAACAAAAACCCUGGGACUGAUGUAGGACCAAUAGAAGGAAAGGAUGCGAACAAAAACCCUGGGACUGAUGUAGGACCAAUAGAAGGAAAGGACGCGAACAAAAACCCUGGGACUGAUGUAAGACCAAUAGAAGAAAAGGACGCGAUCAAUGACAAAAAUUCUUUGUCUGAUCUAAAGUCAUUGAUAACACCUGGAACAAACAAGAAUAAGUUCAGGGAUGGAAAAAUGAGAGGAGCAGAUAGUCCAAGGCAAGAUUUGUCACCAUUCAUGACUCUCCUACAGUUGUUCAAUAGGGUUGCUUCAUCAAAGAUUGGCAUGGUUCUCCUGUUAUUACUAUGUUUUGCUUCGUCAGUGAUUGGCAAAUCUGAGGGAAAUCAGGAACCCAAAUGUGAUCCACCUAAAGAGCCGAUUUCAAAGCUUUAUUUUUUGAAAGGAAACGAAACAUACAAAUCUGACAUCGUCAACUUGCAAUGUGGAAAUGGUUCAAUAGCUGUGUGUUUGCCUGUCGUCCCUGGAUCAGACCUGGCAGUUGGAUGUGCUCCAGACAAACCGAUAAAUGGAAAAGGCUGCCCAGAAUGGAAUAACGAAAAUGGUUGCUAUGUGUUCAAUGUCAGAUACAAUAAAUGUGAGACCUGCAGUGACUUCUACCUACUUUCAAAUGCAAGCGAAGUGGCAAAAUGUUUCAAAGAUAAAAGAGCUACGACGACUGAGCAAACCACUGGUACCAGUGCUAAAGGAACUCGUGACAAAGGGACCAGUCUUGAACAUGGAGAUGAGACAACAGCAGCCUGACCCAAUAAAACCUCUGGGAAGUCUGAAGGCAAUAAUGAACCUGAGAUAGUAAUUACUAUUGUUGCUGUAGUCAUGUUAGUUGGUACUCCUUUUGUCAUUGUUGCUGUAAUUAAAGUGCGAAAUAGACUUAGAAACCCUGACACUGAGCAACAACAACCAGUAGAAGGAUCUUCUCGUGAGGAACUACAACCAGUGGCAGGAUCUGAUCCUGAGCAACAACAACCAUUUGCACUAUCUGAUCCUGAGCAACAACAACCAUUCGUACGAUCUCAUCCUGAGCAACAACAACCAUUCGUACGAUCUGAUUCUGAGCAACGGAAUGAUCUAUGAAUCAGUUUGUUAAGGAUAUCCAAUUCUCUGUCAGGAAGGAUAACUCUUAAAAUUAUUAUUUUAUUCUAAAAGUCUAGACAUAGAGUUUGAAAUCGAAAACUUUUUUUAUGCAACCAUUUUUUUAUGUUUCUUGAUAUGAUUCAAAGUUUUUUGAAGUGUUUAGAAAGGGAC